AACAUCAACAUGCCCACCUCACGCUCGGGCGCCAGCCCCGUGGAAUACUGGGUCGAUGGAUCGCGCAGAGAUGUCUCCAUGGAAGAGUUCUACACCAUGGGUCCUGAACUGGGAAGGGGGGCUACGUCAGUGGUGUUUCGCACUGAGGAGAAGCAGACACAGAAGCCCUAUGCUGCAAAGGUCCUGAAGAAGACUAUUGACAAGAAAAUAGUGCGGACUGAAAUUGGAGUUCUGCUGCGACUUUCCCACCCAAAUAUUAUCCGCCUGAAGGAGAUUUUUGAGACCGAGACAGACAUCGCCCUCAUCUUGGAGCUGGUGACCGGAGGGGAACUCUUUGACAGGAUUGUGGAGAGAGGGUAUUACAGCGAGAGAGAUGCUGCCCACGUCAUCAAGCAGAUUCUGGAGGCAGUGGCGUAUUUACAUGACAAUGGGGUGGUGCACCGUGACCUGAAACCAGAAAACCUUCUGUACGCUGACCUCUCUUUGGAUGCCCCGCUUAAGAUUGCUGACUUUGGUCUCUCAAAGAUAAUAGAUGAGCAAGUUACCAUGAAGACGGUGUGUGGCACGCCUGGAUACUGCGCUCCAGAGAUCCUCAGAGGCAAUGCCUAUGGUCCUGAAGUGGACAUGUGGUCUGUGGGAGUGAUCCUGUACAUCUUGUUGUGUGGGUUCGAACCAUUCUUCGAUCCGAGGGGAGACCAGUACAUGUACAGCCGCAUCCUCAACUGCGACUAUGAGUUUGUCUCCCCCUGGUGGGACGAGGUCUCCCUCAACGCGAAGGACUUGGUCAGUAAGCUGAUAGUGCAGGACCCCCACAAGAGGCUGACGGUGAAGGAGGCCCUGGAGCACCCCUGGGUACUGGGCAAGGCUGCCCGUUUCUCCCACAUGGACACGACUCAGAGGAAGCUACAGGAGUUCAACGCCCGGCGCAAACUCAAGGCUAUCAUGAAGGCUGUGGUGGCCACCAGCCGUAUGCACGAGGGCUCCCGGCGGCGCACGGACAGCUGCGAUAUGCCCGGCUCUGACAAGACCACCUCCAGGCAGAGCAGCAUGCAGCAGGACCUUCCCCAGGACUCCCUGGAGGGCCAGGCCUGCCAGGGAACGGACACUUCCCAGACGCAGGAGGACGACCAGUGCCCCCCACCCCUCCCGCCACGCUGCCCCAUACCCUCCACCACCAACCCUCCUCUACUGGCUGGGGGUCUCUUCCCCUCCCGUCCACCCACCAGGCCCCCGCUAAGGGGAGUUGAUGGGCAGAGACAGAUGUCGGUCAUCCCCAAGACCGCAGUGGUACGGCCUACGGUGCCCCAGAAGAGCUGCUCCUCGGUGGACUCCACCACCACCAAGCGGGAGCCGUCCUCCCCGGUCUUGACCACUCCCCCGAGCCCCAAAAGCCUCGGCAACAGAUUCUCCAUGGGGGUGGAGUCUGGCAGCAAAACGGCACAGUGUCAAUGA